UAAUAAACCAUGGAAGAGCACAAAUCCUGAUCAUGUCUGUUGCAAUCGCAACCAAAACUGAUCACCGGCUACCACCUGCAAAGCUGAAGACCGAAGAGCGCAUCAGAUGUUGCAACAACUUUGGUCUUCGGGAGCUCGCACUGGGACUCUGUGCUUUCCUCUUUUUAUCAUUAACUGCAACGACAUUAAGGCCAAAACAAAAAACUUGCAAGAAACCGAGCGAAAAGGAGAAGAAAACCAGUGGGUGUCACACGCGACGCACACUCGAGACGCCGCCCUGACGAACACUGGUGGAGUGCGGAGAGAGGAGAGCGACAGGGUGGGAGUGGGAGUGGGAGGAGGUGAGGGUGGCGAGAGAUCCAGAGAUGGGCGUUCCGAGAGCGCUUCUGAUGCUGCUGCUCCACGUCGCCAUCGUCGUCGUCCUGCCGGUGUCCUGCGCCGACCUGUACGCUCUCGUCUACAAGGGGUGCUCCAACCAGAGCUUCCCCGGGGGCGCGCUGCCGCCGACCGUCGCGGCGCUCUCCUCCACGCUCGCGUCGCAGUCCGCCUCCGCCAAGUUCUACAAGACGUCGUCCUCGGCGUCGUCUUCCUCGACCUCCUCCGUCUUCGGCCUGUUCCAGUGCCGCGGCGACCUCUCCGGCUCCGACUGCGCCGCCUGCGUCUCCCGCGCCAUGUCCUCCUGGUCCGACGUCUGCGGCGCCUCCGUCGCCGCGCGGGUCCAGCUCACCGGCUGCCUCGCGCUCUACGAGAUAUCCGGGUUCCCCCAGGUGUCCGGCACUCAGAUGCUGUUCAAGACCUGCGGCACCGGCGGCGGCGGCGGCACCGACUUCGAGAUGCGCCGCGACACCGCCUUCGCCCAGCUGGAGGGCAACGUCGCCGGGAGCAACGGCGGCUUCUUCGCCACCAGCUACCAGCAGGUGUACGCCAUGGCGCAGUGCGAGGGCGACCUCUCCUCGGGGGACUGCGGCCAGUGCGUCACCCAGGCCGUCCAGCACGUCGAGGUCGAGUGCGGGGGCGCGCCAUCAGGCCAGGUGUACCUUGACAAGUGCUACAUUAGCUACAGCUACUACCCCCAUGGCAUACCCCAUGGCGGCGGCAUCGGAGGGCAGCAGACAGCAAAGACUGUAGCCAUUGUUCUCGGUGGAGCUGUAGGUCUGGGUUUCGUGGUCAUAUGCUUGCUUUUCGCCAGGAGCCUGGUCAAGAAGAAGGAGGAUUAUUGAUGGAUGCGCAUGGAGCAACUGGACAAAAGGCAUUGGGGCAUGGUAUGCAUUUUGAUAGGGGUCUGGAUGUUUGUUUCUUCAAGGUGGUGAGUGGAAUACAGAGGGGAUUGUUUUUUUGGCUCUUCUUCCUCUGGCCAUGUGAGGGAUGCCAUGCCACCUCGCAUGAUGAGAGAGGGGUAAAGGAGGUAGUAGUGCCUAGUAGUUCAGAAAAGGGGACUCAUUUUGGGGGAGUAUCUAUUUUGGUUCACUGAUUAAUUGGAAGUAGAUGGUUAUCUCUUUGGGCUGUACCACCUUUGCCUCUCUUGCUUAGGGCUCUAGCAGUACAUCGAUUCUCUUGUAUUCUUUCCCCAAAGGAAAUACAUUUAGGUUUAGGAUUUAAGGUUUGCAGUGACAGCCACUGCUGCAGGUUCUCAGUCUCUGACUUGAUUGGUUCUUACGCUUAUGAAAUUGUUUCAUAGUAGUAUUGCUCCA